AUGUCAGCCAUCGCACUAUCAAAGACAUGGCAGGAGUGCGACAUUCAAGGACUUUCCCGAGGAUGUGAUCAAAUGUGGUUGAAUGGACGGUCGGAACAACCCCUAAAGUUCCGAUUUGCUCAGAUGGCUGCGCUUUACAUAACUUGCACGUUCCCUUAA